ACGUUUCAUUAAAGAAGAACCCGUCCAGAGGACCUAUACAAUUUUUUUUUCUUUUUGAUUUUUUACCUGGAUUUUACCUGGAUUACCUGAGAUCAGGCAUCAGGACAUAUUUUAUUGAUUCUUUGCAGAAAUUUACCAUUUUUAAUAGUUUUAACAGCUGCAUGUAAUGGCUGCCUCUUCAUCAGCACCAUGGAAUAUUACAGCACUGAAAAUAAACUAAGAGCCACAGGACUGUUUAUCAUUGGUGAGGUGGGAUCUGUUACAUAAGUCCUGGAGUGCAGCCUUUGAGCUGGGAAACAAAAAGCACUGAAAAGAAUCGCUCUGAAGUUCGCUUCCAGUUUGACUUGAUAGUAGUGUGGAGGAGCCUUUUUUCUGUAAGUUUUAGUUCUAAAACUAACUCAUUUAGACUACUCAGGUUUGGGAUAAAUUAUUCUAUUUUAAAAACAAGUCAUUAAAACACAGUUUGCUUGUUUUUUUUAAAUCCUUUGUUUUAUUUGUGGAAGUUAAAAAGCCAUUUUUGUGCUUUCUUUCACUGUUUUAAGUGUACUGUUAGUAAGAGUAGUUUAGAUUUAUUUGUGUAAGUAUUGCAGGUUUUGAUUUAAGCUAGUUCCAGUGUUUUCUAAAUGCUAAAAAAAAGCACUAAAAUGAUCUUUCCUAAAUAAAAUUCCUAGAUAUAAAAUUAACAUUUUUAUACUAAUCUGCUUUUAAAAAUCAACUGCUGUGUUUUAUUGAUUCUGCUUUUAUUAUAGAAUUAUUUAAUACAGUUUUAAUCAGACUAUUGUAGAUUUUGAACUACAGCUGGUCCCACAGUGUAAAAUAGGUGGAACAGCCCUUUAUAAAACUGGAUUCAGAAGCGAGCUUCAGCGCAGAGCAGCUGAAAAUGAGGGGGCAGAGAAAAAGCUGACUUUCGUACUGAACUUUGUGAGAACCACACAGAUAAAACACACACACAGGUGUUUUCAUUAGAAAAGACUUUUCUGUUAAGAUCCAGUGUUCAUAUGAUUUAAAGAUACACCAGAAGAUGGAGUUCCCUCCUCGACCUACGCUCUUUGACUUCCACGGAGUCUCCAUGACCAGAUACUUCACUGACAACUGGGAAAAUGUUCAGAAGCUUGAAGCGAGAUCAGAUGAUAUCGUGUUAGCAAGUUAUCCUAAAGCUGGAAACACAUGGGUGUCUUACAUCCUGGACCUUCUGUAUUGUACACAGUCAUCUCCUGAGCAACAGGACACAGUCCCACUCUAUGAAAAAGUGCCAUUCCUGGAGCUCUACUGUCCUGGGUUUCUCAACGGAGUGGAUGGGGUGAAUCAAAUGACCAGCUUUCCACGCAUUAUCAAGACUCACCUCCCAGUCCCGUUACUCCCUCAGUCCAUCUGGGAGCAGAGCUCUAAGGAAAUGUUGGUGACUGGAAGAAUCACUUCACUGUCCAACAGGACGAGGAGUUUAAUGAAGACUACAAGAGGAAGAUGAAAAACACAGAUCUAUAUUUCCGAACAAUCCUGUAGUCCUCUGCUUCUGUCAGAUAACCCAAAUAUUUAAAAAAUUAACAAACUAGUAAUGUGUAUCGCUCACCACCUAUAGAGUUAUAGCCAUUUCUGUGUUGACUACUGUGGUUAGCUUUGCUAGCCAUCUUGACCUGGAUUCACAUCAAAAACCACUUGUACAGUAGAUGUACAUCUAAUGAUUGCUUUCUGAAAGUUUCAUCAAGAUAAAUCUAGUGGUUUAUGAAAUAUUUGGCUAACAGACUUAACACUCACAUUUAAUGCUACAGUUUUGUGCACAGUUAUUGCAAAAUAAGUAACACUUGGAUCAUGUGUUGUGAAUAACUCUCAGCUGCAACCACUCCAGAUUUUUAGCACCGUAACUAAAACUGGCUGAAUUAUAAUAAAUUGUGUUUUCUAAGAUCUGUUGACUGUGGCGGCCAUCUUGGUUGGGGUUCACUCUACAAGUUAAUCAGUGGUAGAUGCGCAUCCAGUCAUGUCCCAGAAGUUUUGUUAAAAUCAGUCAUGUAGUUUAAGAUAUAUUUUGUUAACAGACUGUGGUAGGGGCAAAUAGCAAAAAUAAAUUAGAUUUUAUGCAACAUUGUAGUGCUCAGAAUAUGUUGUGGGGAAAAUUCAGCCUCAACUAUGCUGAAUUUUGUAUUUUUCAAAGUCGGUUGGCUAUGGCGGCCAUCUUGAAUUCUGCUAACUCUUAGUAAAACAGUUGGAGAUGUAGGCUACAUUUAUUGAUUACAUUCUGCAAGUUUCAUAGAAAUAGGUCCAGUAGAUCACAAGAUGUUUAGCUAACACAGUCAUCUGCCUUUGCCUUUCAGUGGCAGGCAAUAAUAAUCACAGAAUGAAGAUUUUAGGUAAACUAGUUUUUAUUUGAAUCCAGACUUCAAAAGCAGCAGGAAAUACAUGACCAAAUGAUAUCAGGAGCAAAAAACAGAUGAAACUAACACUGAACUACUUCAACGUGUCUACAGAGACGGCACUGGGCACGCUGAUUAGAUUUCCUACGGCAAAUGCUGCUUUGCGGGACAAUCCUGAGGGUGCUGGAGGAGCCACGGAACUGACUGAACUGGAGAGUAAAAUCCUACUGAACCAUUGGAAUGUAAACAACAACAAAAAA